AUGUUGGCCACAUCGACGGGCUGCGUGCCCCUACGGCGCGCGGUCGCUCAGCAAAGAAAGAACUUGCAGAGGGCGUACCACGACCUCGUCAACUUGCCGAAGAAGGGCCCUGUGGUUUCAUAUGGCCCACCUGGGCGGAGCGCGACGACGGGCCAUGUCGCUACUGUUUUUGGGAGCACAGGGUUCUUGGGGAGGUACACUGUCGCGAAGCUUGCGAAGGCUGGUACGCAGGUGGUCAUUCCGUACCGUGAGGAGGACGAGAAGCGGCAUUUGAAGCCCAUGGGUGAUCUCGGCCAAAUCGUCAUGAUGGAAUGGGACCUGCGGAAUGAGGACCAGAUUGAGGAGUGUCUGAGACAUUCCGACAUCGUCUACAACCUCGUCGGCCGAGAAUACCCAACCAAGAACUUCAGCUACGACGCGGUGCACGUCCAGGGCGCAGAGCGCAUCGCCAAGAUCGCGGCGAAGGUCGGGGUCCCGCGGCUCGUGCAUGUCUCGCACCUGAACGCGUCGCACGACUCGCCGUCCGAGUUCUACAAGUCCAAGGCGCGCGGGGACGACCUCGUGCGCGAGGCGUUCCCCGACGCGACGAUCGUGCGCCCCGCGAUCAUGUUCGGCUACGAAGACAGGCUCCUGAACAACAUGGCUCUCUGGCCGAUCUGGUGGAAGCUCAACGAUAUGGCGACGAAGAUCCGCCCCGUGCAUGUCUUCGACGUCGCACAGGCGCUCGCCAAACUCAUCUCCGUGCCCUCGCUCCCGGGCGUACUGAACCUGCCCGGGCCGUCGCAGCUCACGUACGAGUACCUGCUGGCGCUCGUCUCGAGCGUGACAUACAACCCGCCGUCGCGCGCGCCCAUGGUGCCCAAGGCUGCCGCGCUCGCGCUCGCCAAGGUCGCGCAGGCGGUGUGGUGGCCCGCGCUGAGCCCGGACGAGGUCGUGCGCCGGUACAUCGACGACGUCGACGUACCCGGCGACUGGGAUAAGGUCGGCGUCGUCCCGGAUGAGGUCGAGCAGCAUGCGAUUUCGUACCUCCGGCGGUACCGCUCGGCGGAGAACUUCACCCGGCCCGUUGUCUUCCCUUCCUCCCGGGAUGCCGAGUAUGGGUAUUAA